AGUGACAGUGCCAACACAACAUCAAGAGCACACUGGAGCCACUGCACCAUUAUUAUCAAAACUAUGAUUUAGACAGCGACCUGCGUUGUACAAACACAUAUGAUGGAACUCCAUAAUCUUCCGGACUGCAUGUGGCUCGUUUUUUUCCUAAUCGGAUUUAUCCGCAUGUGUGUUUGCCGAGACGCGCGUCUGAAGAUCUAGCGCUGCUGCACUCUUCACUGGCGUAUGGAUUUGACUCAGCUCAUUUCAUCGAGAGAUCACAGAGCUGGAUUAUCAUUCAGGAGAACCCGGGAUACGACAUUACACUUUGCGUUCCCACAAUGUAUGGAAUAAAUCAGCGCUGCUUGUACAUCUCUUUUCACUUCUUCGUGGUGUGGUGUCACGCGCAGGGGGAGAAGAAUCACCCUUCUCCUAAUUUUAAGCAGUAUGUGAGGGAACAGGGCUCUCUGACGGACCAGCUGAGCCGGCGGCAGGUUCGCGUCUAUCAGCUGUACAGCAGAACCAGCGGCAGACACGUGCAGAUCCAGGGCAAGAGAGUGAGCGCCACCGCCGAGGACGGGAACACUUUCGCCAGACUUUAUGUGGAGACGGACACCUUUGGAAGUCGUGUUCGGAUCAAAGGAGCAGAAAGUGGCAGAUACCUGUGCAUGAACCGCCGGGGGAAACUAGUGGGCAAGCCUAAUGGCAGAGGAAGGGACUGCAUCUUCACAGAGAUCGUCCUGGAGAACAACUACACUGCUUUCCAGAACGCUAAAUAUGAGGGCUGGUACGUGGCCUUCAGCAGAAAGGGUCGGCCCAUCAAGGCCUCCAAAACCAGGGAGAACCAGCGGGAAGUUCACUUCAUCAAGCGCCUCCACAAAGGACCGCUCCCCUUCCCAAACUCAGACCAACCCAAACACUUUGAGUUCAUCAGCUUUCCACCGACCCGACGCGCGAAACGCAACCGAAAACCACACUCUGCUUCCUAACACCAUGCCACACAAACUCAUCCGACUGUUAAUAAUAAGAAGAGGCAGCUUUAUUUUUAUAUGUUUUCGUACGUAAUGGACUUGAAAAAGCCAGCAACACUGAAUGGAUGCUCAUCGGGGUGACUUGUAAAUAUGGUAAGAUAGUAAAAGAGAAUGUAUAUAUUUAAUUAAGGCGGUAUUUGUAUGUGUGUUGUGUGAGCAUUUUGUAAAGACUUCAAGACAAUAUGCUCAAUAUUAAACACGAUAAAAAAGCAAUUUCCCUUUGAGGGGAAUAUAAAUGUAAAAUGAAAGAUAAAUCAACAUCAGUUUCCACCGAAGAUGUUGGACAUUACCUAAUGUGUCUG